UCAGUUCACUUGUGCGCUCCAGUGAAGUAUUGAACCACGGAAUUUGCAGAAACAUGGCUUCAUGUUUGCGGGUACCAAUGGUCACUGCUUCUAGUUCCUCACAGUUACAAUCCUCCGGAAGAAGAAAUAUAAGGGCGUUUUGCUCUUCCAGAAGCAGAGUGAAAAUUCCCGUACCACCAAUAAACCCUAAAGACCCCUUUCUCGCGAAGCUUGCUUCUGUUGCUGCCACCUCUCCGGAAACGUUGCUCAACCGUCCCGUGAACUCUGAAUCUGAUACCCUUCCUUAUUUGGACAUUUUCGAUGCCCCAAAGCUCAUGGCUACUCCCGCCCAAGUCGAAAAGUCUGUUUCAUACAAUGAACACCGUCCUAGAAGGCCUCCACCUGACCUGCCUUCGUUGCUUCUCCAUGGUAGAAUUGUUUACAUCGGCAUGCCUUUGGUGCCUGCAGUUACAGAGCUUGUUGUUGCAGAGUUGAUGUACCUGCAGUGGAUGGAUCCCAAACAACCAAUAUAUAUUUACAUCAAUUCCACCGGGACUACUCGUGAUGAUGGUGAAACCGUAGGGAUGGAGACUGAAGGUUUUGCCAUUUAUGAUGCAAUGAUGCAGUUAAAAAAUGAGAUACACACAGUGGCUGUUGGAGCUGCUAUAGGUCAAGCCUGUCUGCUACUUGCUGCAGGGACUCCGGGUAAACGCUUUAUGAUGCCUCAUGCCAAAGCCAUGAUUCAGCAGCCUCGUGUUCCAUCAUCCGGUUUGAUGCCAGCGAGUGAUGUUCUUAUUCGUGCAAAGGAGGUGAUAGCAAACAGGGACAAUCUUGUUAAACUGCUAGCCAAGCACACCGGAAAUUCAGAGGAGACUGUUGCUAAUGUGAUGAAGAGACCAUUCUACAUGGAUUCAACAACGGCUAAGGAUUUUGGGGUCAUUGACAAAAUUCUUUGGCGUGGCCAGGAGAAGGUGAUGGCUGAUGUUGCUGCUCCAGAGGAAUGGGACAAGGGUGCUGGCAUCAAAGUUAUGGAUGGAUUUUAGUUCCUCCUUUGUGGAUAUGUAUCAUGUCAUUGCCCUUUUAUUUUGGGAGGAGGUUUUGAUCGUUCUACGGGUACUCAAAACAAAUGUUAUAGGUAAAACUGAAGUGUUAGCUGACACAAACCAGUCCAAGGCCCAGCGGAGCUCAUGGACGUUUUAUUUGCGAAGCACAGAGGAUCAGAUGAAUUCAGCCAGUGAUUCUUUGUGAUCAUUGUAUUUAGUCAUUGAUACCAUGUGGAUUGUCGGUUUUCUAGUACCAAAUUAAUAUACGCAAUUGAUGCAAAUAUGCUCUUUGUUUUUUACGUAUUUGAUCACUCAUA